AUGUUGACAGAUACCGAGCGGCAACUAGCCACAGAACGGCAGCUAAAAUACCAAGGUACAGCCAAAAUCAAUCUCACCGAAAUCUCUCUCCACCCAUCGGUUGAUCGGACGAUCGAUGAAAAGAACGUGGAGCGACUGUGUCAUAUAUUUCUUAAGGAUGGAUGUCAGCGACUAGAUAUCCGAAACCACGUCACCGCAAUAGUCUCAAGGCGACACCUCACGAGAGCCUGCCACGACGCAGGACUAACCCCUGAAGAGUUGAAAUCUCAUCAACGACAGUACCCCCACCUCCGUUUCUCUGGACACCCUGUACAGUGCCUCCAUGGGCAACACAGACUCAAGGCUGGCGAGGAAACUCUAGCCCCCUCAGACCACCAGGACCUACAGCAUGCUCUCGUGGACGAAUACGCGAAUGAAAGACACCCGACCGACGGAGAAGUGUACCGAAAAAUCCGACAGUAUCAGCAUGAGAGCAAUGCCCUCUUUCAAAACCGCUGGUGGUCGCGGCUAUCACCGAACAAAGCCAAGCGGCUACGACAGCUCUUUUCCCAAGAAAAUACCUUCAUUUGUGCAGGCUUCGACGCAUUACUGCCCAUCUCCGGGCUCUGGAAGGGAAUGAGCUUGGGCUCCUUGAAUAGCGUAUUCGCGCUGAAGUGCGAUGAAGUUCGUCUCUCCUCACAGCUAGCUCUAACUGUGUCUGCUUACCGCUCUUACUAG